GCCGAGUGAUAGGUACUUUCACGUGUUCGGGAGAAAAGGAAGUAAAUCUGGCUGUUCAAAAUGCAAAGGCUGCCUUUAAAAUCUGGAGCAGGAAAUCUGGCAUGGAGCGUUGCCGAAUUCUUUUGGAGGCUGCCAGGAUAAUAAGGGAGCGGAAGGAUGAGAUCGCCGCCCUGGAGACCAUCAACAACGGCAAGUCCGUCUUCGAGGCGCGCCUGGACAUCGACACAUCCUGGCAGUGCCUGGAGUACUACGCGGGCCUGGCCGGCUCCAUGGCGGGUGAACACAUUCAGCUCCCAGGUGGAUCCUUUGGUUACACCAGAAGAGAACCCCUGGGGGUGUGCGUGGGCAUUGGCGCCUGGAACUACCCCUUUCAGAUCGCCUCCUGGAAGUCGGCCCCAGCGUUGGCUUGUGGGAACGCCAUGGUCUUCAAGCCGUCUCCCUUCACACCGGUCUCUGCGCUGCUGCUGGCCGAGAUCUACACGGCGGCCGGAGUGCCUCCCGGGCUCUUCAACGUGGUGCAGGGCGGGGCCGCCACAGGCCAGUUUCUGUGUCAGCAUCGCGACGUGGCCAAAGUCUCCUUCACCGGAAGCGUGUCCACUGGCUCGAAGAUCAUGGAGAUGUCGGCUCGAGGAAUCAAACCGGUCACUUUGGAACUCGGAGGCAAAUCCCCACUGAUCAUCUUCGCGGACUGCGAUAUGGAGAAUGCCGUGAAGGGGGCGCUGAUGGCCAACUUCCUCACGCAGGGCCAGGUUUGCUGUAAUGGCACAAGGGUAUUUGUGCAAAGGGAAAUUCUUGAUAAAUUUACAGAGGAAGUGGUGAAACAGACCCAGAAGAUAAAAAUCGGAGAUCCCCUUCUGGAAGACACGAGGAUGGGCCCGCUCAUCAACCGGCCACACCUGGAGCGAGUGCUCGGGUUCAUUAAACUGGCAAAGGAGCAGGGCGCGAAAGUGCUAUGCGGUGGAGAUACGUACACACCCGAAGACCCCAAGUUAAAGGCUGGAUAUUACAUGAGACCCUGUGUGUUAACUAAUUGCAGGGACGACAUGACCUGUGUGAAAGAGGAGAUCUUCGGGCCGGUUAUGUCCAUCCUGCCCUUCGACACGGAAGCCGAGGUCCUGGAAAGAGCCAACGACACCACCUUCGGACUGGCAGCCGGCAUCUUUACCAGGGACAUCCAGCGGGCGCACAGGGUGGUGGCGGAGCUGCAGGCGGGAACGUGCUUCAUCAACAACUACAACGUCAGCCCCGUGGAGCUGCCCUUCGGCGGGUACAAGAAGUCAGGGUUUGGCAGAGAGAACGGCCGUGUGACAAUCGAGUACUAUUCACAGCUGAAGACCGUGUGCGUGGAGAUGGGCGACGUGGAAUCCGUGUUUUGAAUGCCAGCAGUGGAGCCCGUGGCCGUGCCAAGGGGUGGAAUAUCGCCCUCCUCGUGUGCCAGGCCAACCCGGAGCGUGGGCCUCAGCGUGAGAGCGGCUCGGCGGCCCCCUCCCCAGCUCCUCCGCGUCGGAAGUGCUAACCAGAAGGUGGUGAUUUUUCUCGAGGUAGAUUCCUGGGGAUCUUCAGGAGCCAGCAGCACGCACAGAGCACAGGGCCGGGAUGGUGAUCCUCCUUCCGCUCCCCGCCGGCUGUGCUGACGCUCUAGCUCAGAGCUUCCUCCUGUGGGGCCGGCAGGUGGCGUGGUGGUUAGGGGCGCUGGACUCCCACAUGGCCGACCACGGCUCGAGUCCCGGACCUGGCAGCUGCUCUCUCACUUC